AUGCCUCGAAAUCAUACUGAUUUACUUACACUGUAUAAUAAUAUUGCAUUUCUUUGUAAUAGACUUGAUCAAUCGGAAAAAACAAUUGAUAUUUAUAUGUAUUCUCUUGAGAUUAGACAUCGACCGGAGACAUGGCUAAAAUCAUCAAUUGAAAUUUUGUAUCCUUUGUGUCUCCUAUUUUUUGUUUCCAUUUCCAUCGUACGAAGUUGA